CGGAGUCCAGCAGAAAGGUAGAUACUGGGAUAUAUUUUUUAUGCCCGUUAAAGAUGGUGAAGGAAAACUAAUCGCCUCAACGUUUGUAAUUGUCGUUGCCAUAGCUUGUUGUCGUGGUGGCGUGUUCACCGAUGAACCUGAAAGUUACCAUAUUGCCGACGGAAGAGUGGAAAAGACGAAGGUGGCUGACCUGCAGAAGUACUUUAGUGAAACUUUGGAGGCUCCAUCAGAGCCAAUUCCAUCAAAAAUGCAACUUGCAACAUGGAGCUCGAAGAAGAACCGGCAUAUUUAUCAAGUACUAACGACCAAGCUUGUUCAGUUUAGGAAUGACAGGAAGAUAGAGGAGUUUAACAAGUUCUGCGCCCUGGCUAUGCGCAAAUAUCCAAAUAGCUGCGCUCGCUUGGUAUCUACAGCCGAGAAAGCUGCGAUUGCUUGUAAAAACAACCAAUUUGGAACAGCGAAAUGCUUGCUUGGUGACUUCUUGGAGACAUUAAAUCAAGCCGAGGUAAACGAUGUCCCUUUUUUUGAAGUGAGGGGGCUUUGUUUGAAGAGUAGAAUAGAGCGAGCAGAGGACAAGUGUGAGAAAAGUUACAAGACGGCCAAGGAUGGUUUGCAAAUGAUGCAGCUCGUCCAAGCAGAUUUUUUGACCGUGUGGUUUUACAUCCACGCUGCUGCAGUUGCAACCAUUCUGUCUUCUAAAGAAAGAGAUUCCCAGAGAUACAGUGCUCUUGUCAAAGAAAGCCAAACCUAUCUUCAAGCUGCUCUAAGAGAUGCAAAUACACUGGACGAGCAUCAGUACCCGAGAAGUACUUCUGAUCUCAAGCAAAAGACCCGUAUCUACUUGGCCAUGUCGCAGCUGGGCUGCUCUCUUACUGGUGAAAUAGCAAAACGGAAAGUUCUGACUGAAGCUGACAUCGAUAACGCAGCAUCAGAACUAAAGGCUGUUCAAGGAUCAAUGUUUGACGGAAUCCAGCCUACUCGUUUCCAGGAGGUCGAAUAUUUCCUCGCCCAAUCUGAUCUGUGUUAUUUGCCGCUCCACACUUUUAUCGAAUCAAGUUAGCUGAACAAACCAAGGAUCUAAGGUGGGCUUUUGAGCUUUCCAAGAAAGCGCAAUGCCUUGCUGAAGAACUUCAUUUUGAAGAGGCAGUUCUUUAUGCUAACAGACGCUUAGCUCGUUUGACAGAAAUGUUAAUUCGUAACGCUCUCCAGUCGUGUUCGAAACGGCGCUUAGAGAAAGACUUGGAAGAUCUACUCGAUUUUCCACAAGAAAGGUAAAUCUGAAGGAACAGAGCUGCAAAAAGACUCAAAUCUAGUUGUGAUGCGUAGAAAAGUAAAGCCCUACCAUUUUGUCAAAACGUUUAGCACGCGCCACAGUACAGAGUACAGACACACGGGAAAAUGAGAUCAUUUGGUUCUGUACCACAAAAAAAACAAAGGAAAUAUUGAAAAGGUUCGGUAGAUCUUUCCGCCGUGUUCCUGGGGGCUUUGGGAAAGAUGGAACACACGAUGUGACGAGAUCGGGGAUCUGUACAAACAAGGAAUAUAAUUGGUUCGCGACAUCGCAGCGACAAUUAUUAUUGGUUUACCGAAAUCAGAAAGACAGUGACGACAUUCUUGCGUUGUUUUAACAAAUAGAAUCCAUUUUGCCGUUGUCUAUUCAGCUAUAAAUGCACGGAUGGACGUCAUAACGACACCGAAAUGGUGUCAUUGAAAGCCGGUUAUCUUAACCCUAGGUUAACCUAAACUUCUAAGCAAACAUCCUGACAGCUUGUCUAUAAAUUUAGAAAUGUUUCUGCAGAAAUCUUUGCUGGGUCGAUAGGAGUUGACUUCCCUGAAGUUUUGAAAUAAACAGACGUGCAGAAAUACUAGAAAUACAUAAACCAAAACAACAGGUUACAUUUUAAGAAAUUACAACUACUGAGGCUAAGUCUCAACAAAGGCCUUUUCUUCACACAGUCAGGGCCGUAGCUAGACCGAUAAUUGGGGUAGGGGGAUGCAUAUUCAUAUAUUCUUGUUCUGCCCGAUGGAUUUCUUUUGAAAGCGAUUGUUUUUACGGUAUGUGAACAGUGAACAUGAAUGCAUAAAUAUACACCCCCGCCCCUCAGUUAUCACCUCUAGCUACGGCCCUGCACACAGUUACGCAUACAUAAAGGCCAUGUGUGCUGCAUGACUUUUAUAUGAUGGAAUGUCGAGAAUGUGAGAGGAUAUGAGAAAGCAGGCAGGUGCAGCUUUUUCAACAAGGAUGACUUUUUACUAAUGAUCAAAAGGGCCCAGCUCAUCUGAAAAUAUUGCUUCACUACUGGGGCAAGCAAAGGGCCUACUGGGGUAAAUGCCCCGGUAGUUAUGUAGUUAAAAAAUGCCCUGUCUGAGAGUCCAACCAGGAUCCCAAAUUCUUUGCCUUGUCAGUCGAGUAGAUUGGGUUAUCACCGAUCCUCAGAGAGUAAAGUUCACUUUCGCUAGUUGCUGUCAAGUUCCUAUAAGAUCUGUCAUGAAACUAAGAAUGACUGUGGUUACUACAAACAUAAUAAUGUCUUAAUGGUUUACUGUUUAAUGUAAACUACUGAAACUCCGCCUAUACAUAAUGUCCAUAAGGGAUAAUGAUUGUGACCACCAUGGGCCUACCGGCUUAGAACGUCUAUGGCUGACCACUAGCACUGACCAGUGACCAGACCGGUUGUGCCUUUUAUUAUCCACGGACUAAUUGUGAAUAGGUUAGCUAAGAACAACUGGACCAUAUCUCUGCUUUUUCACAUCAUCAGAAAGAUCUCUGACUCUGUGUAUAAUAUAGUACUGUAUUAGUAGUUUAGUACUGUAUAUUUAAUAUAGGAAAAAUAUUACUAAGCAGCUUGGUGAAAAUCUUCUUCGACGAAACACGUGUUGUGUAGACGGCAGUUGCGAAAUUUGUGAGGAUGUAAAAUAA